UAAGAAUAAUAUAGUGUAGUAAAUAACAUUGCCUUCAAUAGGGUCAUGUGACAUACAGAUUCCUUUCUAGCAGCCUGCAAGAUUAGACAUAGUGAGAAGAACCGGAUAUCUAUACUAGCCGCCUAUCUUUACUAUUAGUACAACUUUACUACCCUUUUUAACUCAUUUCAUUCUUCACUUUACUUGCCUUAUCUUUAUUAUUGCAACAACCAAAUGCUGCUAGCAUUAUAAUAUAAAGUCACUUGAAUCUGAAGUGUGUAGUCAACACAAAGAUCUACAAUGGAGUUACUUCAUCUUCUCCUCUUUUCAUGGUUUCUUUAUGCUCAUAUGUUCUGUUUCUUGGCUAUAGCACAAAGAUUCACUUAUAUUGUCCAUUUGGACAAAUCUUUAAUGCCUACUGUCUUUCAUGAUCACCAUCAUUGGCAUACUUCCACUAUUGAUUCCAUCAAAGCUUCCGUUCCUUCAUCAGUAGACAGAUUCCACUCUGCUCCAAAACUUGUUUACUCUUAUGACAAUGUAUUUCAUGGAUUCAGUGCUGUUUUGUCCAAAGAUGAACUGGCAGCUUUGAAGAAGUUACCAGGUUUCAUUUCAGCUUACAAAGACAGAACUGUGGAACCUCAUACUACCCACACUUCUGAUUUCCUCAAGCUCAAUCCUUCAUCUGGUCUAUGGCCAGCUUCUGGUUUAGGCCAAGAUGUGAUCAUUGGUGUUCUUGAUUCUGGCAUCUGGCCUGAAUCUGCGAGUUUCCAAGAUGAUGGUAUGCCUGAAAUCCCCAAAAGGUGGAAAGGAAUUUGCAAGCCAGGCACACAGUUUAACGCUUCAAUGUGCAACAGAAAACUCAUUGGGGCUAAUUACUUCAAUAAGGGUAUUUUGGCUAAUGAUCCCACUGUGAACAUUUCCAUGAAUUCUGCCAGGGAUACUGAUGGUCAUGGCACACAUUGCGCUUCUAUUGCUGCUGGGAACUUUGCGAAAGGUGUUUCCCAUUUUGGAUAUGCACCAGGGACAGCAAGAGGGAUCGCUCCACGAGCUAGGCUAGCUGUGUACAAGUUUAGCUUUGAUGAAGGAACCCUUACUUCAGAUUUAAUUGCUGCUAUGGACCAAGCUGUUGCGGAUGGUGUUGACAUGAUAUCCAUUUCUUAUGGGUUCCGUUUCAUUCCCUUGUAUGAAGAUGCUAUAUCCAUUGCUUCUUUUGGAGCCAUGAUGAGGGGAGUGCUGGUUUCAGCUUCAGCUGGAAAUCGAGGUCCAGGGAUUGGAAGUUUAAACAACGGAUCUCCAUGGAUCUUGUGUGUGGCAUCAGGCCACACUGACCGGACAUUUGCAGGAACUUUGACUUUGGGAAAUGGCUUAAAAAUUAGAGGGUGGAGCUUGUUUCCUGCACGAGGCUUUGUCAGGGAUUCUCCGGUGAUUUACAACACGACUCUAUCUGAUUGCAGUUCGGAGGAAUUGCUAUCACAAAUUGAAAAUCCCCAAGGCACCAUCAUUAUAUGUGAUGAUAAUGGGGAUUUCUCUGAUCAAAUGCGUAUUGUCACUCGAGCAAGAAUUGAAGCAGGCAUCUUUAUUUCUGAGGAUCCAGGAGUGUUCAGAUCUGCUACAUUUCCCAACCCUGGAGUUGUGAUUAACAAAAAGGAAGGGAAGCAAGUCAUCAAUUAUGUGAAAAAUAGCGUCAAUCCCACAGCCACCAUCACGUUCCAAGAGACGUAUCUAGAUGCAAAGCCAGCACCAGUUGUUGCUGCAUCCUCCGCACGGGGUCCAUCCAGAAGCUACUUGGGAAUUGCAAAGCCAGAUAUAUUGGCACCAGGGGUGCUGAUUCUUGCAGCAUAUCCACCAAACGUAUUUGCUACAAGUAUUGGGACAAACAUACAAUUGUCCACUGAUUACAUUCUUGAAUCAGGCACAUCAAUGGCUGCACCACAUGCUGCUGGAAUUGCAGCAAUGCUAAAAGCCGCGCAUCCUGAGUGGAGUCCUUCAGCUAUUCGCUCUGCCAUGAUGACUACAGCUGAUCCUUUGGACAACACUCGAAAACCUAUUAAAGACUCCGACAAUAAUAAGGCUGCCACGCCCCUAGACAUGGGAUCAGGGCACGUCGAUCCCAACAGAGCUCUUGAUCCCGGCCUAGUAUACGAUGCUACUCCACAAGAUUACGUAAAUCUUCUAUGCUCUCUGAAUUUCACAGAAGAGCAAUUCAAGACAAUUGCAAGAUCAUCAGCCAACCACAACUGCUCAAAUCCAUCAGCUGAUCUCAAUUACCCAUCAUUCAUUGCCUUGUACAGCAUUGAGGGCAACUUCACCUUAUUGGAGCAGAAAUUCAAGAGGACAGUUACAAAUGUUGGUAAAGGUGCAGCUACAUAUAAAGCAAAGCUAAAAGCUCCCAAGAACUCAACAAUUUCAGUGUCACCACAAACAUUGGUGUUUAAGAACAAAAAUGAGAAGCAAAGUUAUACUUUGACAAUUCGCUAUUUAGGUGAUGAGGAUCAAAGUAGAAACGUUGGCUCAAUCACUUGGGUUGAAGAGAAUGGUAACCAUUCUGUUAGAAGUCCGAUAGUAACAUCUCCCAUUAUUGAGGUCUGGUAAUAAAUUCUGCUAUUAUAUGAAAUAUUUUGCUUUGGGAUGCAUAGAGCCAUCAGAUUCUUGAAUUGGAAGUACCAAACACAAGAACAAAGAAAAAGCUAGAUGGGAAACCAUGUAUACUGUAUGAAUUGUCUGUGCUUAUCCCAAAUUAAUAAAUAAUGUUUAUACUUU